AUGGGUAGCUCCUGCCCCACUACGGCAUGGCGUAGGGCGUGGGCCAAUUGCGAUACAGCAGGCGCCACUGACAGCCAGUGCCUGGCCUGGCCUGGCCUGGUCGGGUUGGAAUGCGCUGGAAAUGCGCUAAAAGGCGAACCAGCUCAGCGGCAGCCGCCACAGAAGUGGCUGGAAGGUGCAGUGGCAAAAGAUGAGAAAUCCACUAAGGCCGGGGCAGAUCAGCAGCAUGAUUUUGCCGCGCCGGCCAGAUUUGACAACAACCUCAGCGGCCUCGACGAUAUCCAGUGGCCGCUCCUUACCUGCCCCAAGGCCACACCUCUCUCCGCAAUGUCGCGCCAUCACCCCGAUCUCGUCAUGUGCCGCAAGCAGCCGGGCAUCGCCGUCGGCCGUGUCUGCGACAAGUGCGACGGCAAAUGCCCCGUGUGCGACUCGUACGUGCGGCCGACGACGCUUGUGCGCAUCUGCGACGAGUGCAGCUUUGGCAACUACAUGAACAAGUGCGUGGUGUGCAGCGGCGAGGGCAUCUCGGAUGCCUUUUACUGCUUUGAGUGCACGCGCCUCGAAAAGGACCGCGACGGCUGCCCGAAGAUCAUCAACCUCGGUAGUUCCAGGACAGAUCUCUUCUACCAAAAGAAAACAAAUCGAUCACAAUACUAG